GAGCAGAAGAGGCUGCUGGAGCUUGGGAUCACUGGGCCCGAAGGUCACGUCCUGAGCCGCCCCGAGGAGGUGGAAGCCGAGGCCGUGUACCGCGCGGUGACCGUGGCCAGGCAGGCCAACUGCCCCUUGUACGUCACCAAGGUCAUGAGCAGAGCUGCUGCGGACGUCCUGGCUCGGGCGAAGAGGAGAGGUGAGGCCUCAGCCUUUGUCACCUCUCCCCCCAUCAGCCCGGACCCCACCACGCCCGACCAUCUCAGCUCCCUCUUGUCCUGUGGGGACCUGCAGGUCACCGGCAGCGCCCACUGCACCUUCAGCACCGCGCAGAAGGCCGUGGGCAAGGACAACUUCACCCUCAUCCCCGAGGGCACCAACGGCAUCGAGGAGCGGCUGUGCCUCGUCUGGGAGAAGUGUGUGGUCCCCGGGAAGAUGGACGAGAACGAUUUUGUAGCAGUGACCAGCACCAACGCUGCCAAGAUCUUCAACUGCUACCCCCGGAAGGGGCGCGUGGCCGUGGGCGCUGACGCAGACCUGGUUGUGUGGAACCCCAAGGCUGCGAGAAUCAUCUCUGCAAAAACCCACAAUCUGAACGUGGAGUACAACAUAUUUGAAGGCACGGAGUGCCACGGGGUUCCUACCGUGGUCAUCAGCCAGGGCAGAGUUGUUCUGGAGGAUGGGACCCUGUGUGUCACCCAGGGCUCCGGUCGCUUCAUUCCUAGGAAGACGUUCCCCGACUUUGUUUAUAAAAGGAUAAAGGCCAGAAACAGG